UGUAGCUGUAGCCUUUCCUAGCCUUUAUUACACUAUUGUUUCAGUAUAUAUAACUGCUUCGGUUGGCAGUAGAGAGAGUCUGAAACCUUGUGAAAAAGCUUUUGCUUUGUGGUGUCCUUCCCCCCCAGAUCAGCAAAGCCAGCAGCAACAGUAGUAGUAGAAGAAGAAGCAUCAAUGAGUCUUGUUUCUUCUUCUCCUCUACAUUAGUAGCCAUUUCUUCGUUCUUCUGCUUCCUACUCUUGCUUUCUCACUUGGGUUCCAGUAGUGGGUUGAGGGGCAAAAAGGAGGGAGGGAAAAAGAAAAAAAAGGGGGGCAAAUUUGAGGAAUGGGAACUCGCUCAUUUGCGAAGCUGUUCUUAUGGCUGCUGCUGUGCUUGUUUGGGUUGCUGGGUUCUCAGCUGAUCCAAGCUACUGUUACUUAUGAUAGGAAGGCAAUUGUGAUUAAUGGGCAAAGGAGAAUCCUUUUCUCUGGCUCCAUUCACUACCCGAGAAGCACCCCUGAUAUGUGGGAAGAUCUGAUACAGAAGGCUAAAGAUGGUGGGGUGGAUGUGAUUGAGACCUAUGUCUUCUGGAAUGUCCAUGAACCCAGUCCUGGAAAUUUCAAUUUUGAAGGCAGAAAUGAUCUGGUGAGGUUCAUCAGGACCAUCCAUAAAGCAGGGCUCUAUGCUCAUCUUCGCAUUGGACCAUACGUCUGUGCUGAAUGGAAUUUCGGAGGGUUUCCGGUUUGGUUGAAGUAUGUCCCUGGAAUCAGCUUCAGAACAGAUAAUGAGCCUUUCAAGAAAGCAAUGCAAGGGUUCACUGAGAAGAUUGUGGGAUUGAUGAAGAGUGAAAACUUGUUCGAGUCCCAAGGUGGCCCUAUCAUUCUUUCUCAGAUUGAAAAUGAGUAUGGAGUACAAAGCAAGCUUUUUGGUGCUGCUGGAUAUAACUACAUGAGUUGGGCUGCAGACAUGGCUGUGAAGUUAGGAACAGGAGUCCCAUGGGUAAUGUGCAAGGAAGAAGAUGCUCCAGAUCCAGUUAUAAACACAUGCAACGGGUUUUACUGUGAUCAAUUUGCUCCCAACAAACCAUAUAAGCCUACAAUGUGGACUGAAGCUUGGAGUGGAUGGUUCUCAGAGUUUGGGGGCCCUCUUCACCAGCGUCCAGUUCAAGAUUUGGCAUUUGCUGUUGCCCGGUUUAUUCAAAAGGGGGGAUCAUUUGUCAACUACUACAUGUACCACGGAGGGACCAAUUUCGGCCGGAGUGCUGGAGGCCCGUUUAUCACUACCAGCUAUGACUAUGAUGCUCCCUUGGAUGAAUAUGGCUUGAUAAGGCAGCCAAAGUACGGUCAUCUUAAGGAGCUCCAUAGGUCGAUUAAGAUGUGCGAGCGUGCUCUGGUUUCAGUUGAUCCUAUGGUAACUCAGUUAGGAGCAUUCCAACAGGCUCAUGUGUACUCAACCGAACAUGGAGAUUGUGCAGCUUUUCUUGCCAACUAUGAUACAAAGUCUGCUACAAGAGUGUUGUUCAACAAUAUGCAUUACAACUUACCUCCUUGGUCUAUUAGUAUUCUUCCAGACUGCAGAAAUGUGGUGUUUAACACCGCUAAGGUAGUUAUGAAUCGAGGUUUUGGACGAGUUCAAACAUCUCAAAUGGAAAUGCUGCCAACAAACAUUGAAAUGCUUUCAUGGGAAAGUUACGACGAGGAUGUUUCGUCUCUAUACGAUGGCUCAACAUUCACUGCUUCUGGUCUCCUUGAGCAGAUAAAUGUCACAAGGGACGCAAGUGACUACUUGUGGUACAUCACUAAUGUCGACAUUGGUUCAUCUGAAGCCUUCCUGCGUGGUGGGGAACUGCCUACCCUAAUUGUUCGAUCGAGUGGCCAUGCUGUUCAUGUUUUCAUCAACGGGCAGCUAUCAGGUUCUGCAUUCGGAACUAGGGAGAACCGGAAGUUUACAUACACCGGGAAGGUCAAUCUAAGAGCUGGGAAGAACAAAAUUGCAUUGCUGAGUGUUGCUGUUGGAUUACCAAAUGUGGGUGGACACUAUGAGACAUGGAACACUGGAAUCCUAGGUCCAGUUGCUCUUCAUGGGCUUGACCAGGGUAAAUGGGACUUGUCCUGGCAAACAUGGACCUACCAGGUUGGACUCAAAGGAGAAGCCAUGAAUCUCCUCUCUCCAACUAGUGUCUCCUCUGUUGAUUGGAUGCAAUCAUCUUUGGUUGUUCAGAAACAGCAACCUUUGACAUGGCAUAAGGCCUAUUUCAACUCACCUGAUGGGGACGAGCCAUUGGCACUGGACAUGGAAGGUAUGGGGAAAGGUCAGAUAUGGAUCAAUGGCCAGAGCAUAGGAAGAUACUGGACUGCAUAUGCAAAUGGUCAAUGCAACGGUUGCAGUUAUGCGGGUUCAUUCCGCCCUCCAAAGUGUCAACUUGGUUGUGGCAAGCCAACUCAACGAUGGUAUCAUGUGCCUAGAUCAUGGUUGAAACCAACCCAAAACCUACUGGUAGUUUUUGAGGAACUUGGAGGGGACCCUUCAAGGAUUUCACUUGUUAAGAGAUCGGUGGCUACUGUAUGUGCCGAGGUAGCCGAGUUUCAUCCGACUCUCAAGAACUGGCAUAUCGAAAGCUAUGGAAGAGCGGAAGAGUUCCACAGCCCGAAAGUUCAUCUUCGGUGUAACCAAGGCCAGACCAUUUCGUCCAUUAAAUUUGCGAGCUUUGGUACUCCGUUGGGAACCUGUGGAACUUAUCAGCAAGGAACUUGUCAUGCUCCCACAUCAUACGACAUCAUCGAGAGGAAGUGCAAAGGGAAACAGAGAUGUGCAGUGACAAUAUCCAACAGCAACUUUGGGCAGGACCCAUGCCCCAAUGUGUUGAAAAGGUUGUCAGUUGAAGCAGUUUGUGCCCCAACGGGUUUGAGGGUUUAGCUCUCCGAUUAUCAAGACUUUGUAACUUACACGCGAGCAAGGCAACUUAACUUCACACCUGGAAGAAACAAGAUAGAAAAUGAUGAGAAAACCAAAGCCGCACACAGUACUACGUACAGGUAAGAAGGAAAGUGAAGGUUCUUGAGUUAGGUUUAGCUAAGAUUUGUAGUAUGGUUUCCUGCACCCAGUUGUGAGAAGCUGCAGAAAAUGGUGGUUAGGCUGCCAUUGAACUGUUCUUGGUUGUUAAAUUAUGGUCCAAUUAGUGACAAAGAGUCCUGCUGUAAGUAGUGAUUUGUUGGUUAGAAACUAGAAAGUCAGUAAGUUCCCAGGUACUCUGCAAUUUGGGGUGCCUUUGGUGAACUUCAAAAGUAAGACUGGUGCUCCCUCCGCCUUUUUAAAGUGGGAGUGGGGCACUGGGCAAUUAGAAGAUGUGAGUGAUGUAAUUUGUAUCGUUGAGGGAGGAAAAUUGAAACCUCUGUUUUACCAAGUUUGGUCAUACUGGGAAAAGGAUCCUGGGUAUGAUCAUUCUUUGGUGUGUGUAGUUGAUGUUCGUGAUUACAUAAUGUAUCAUCAUCAAAAUGUGUUCAAUAACAUUACAUUAAAAUAACAGUUUGUACUUGAAUAUCGAAUCCAACAUAUAGUGAAAAUUCAAAUACACUCAUAAUAUUAAUC